AUGUCUUCCACCAUCACUACUACUCAACAAGAUUCCUCAAAACCAACUUUCACUGACCCAUAUCAAGAAAGAAAACACCUCUUGGAACACACUGCUGCUGCCUUCAGGUUCUUCGAAAGGCAUGGUUAUAACGAAGGUGUCUCGGGUCAUAUCUCCGUUAGAGACCCGGUGGAUCCAUCAACUUUUUGGAUUAACCCAUUGGGAAAACACUUUGCUAUGAUGAAGGCAUCUGAUAUGGUUCAAGUUGAUGAAGAUGGAAACGUUAUUGGCGGAAACAAACACGUAGUCAAUGCCGCUGGUUUUAAAAUUCACUCUGUUAUUCACAAGGCCAGACCUGACGUUAACGCUGCUUGUCAUGCUCAUAGUAUCUAUGGUAAGGCCUAUAGCUGUUUUGGUAAACCUUUACAAAUGCUAAGUCAAGAUUCCUGUCUUUUUUAUAAUGCCCAUGGUGUUUAUAAAGACUUUGGUGGAGUUGUCCUCGAACAAAAAGAAAGCAACCAAAUCGCUCAGGCUUUAGGCAAUGGAAAGGCCGUAAUCUUGCAAAAUCAUGGUAAUUUAACUACUGGUUCCACCGUCGAUGAAGCUGCUAUUCUCUUCUUUAUAAUGGAAAGAACUUCUCAAGCUCAACUAUUAGCUGAUUCCUGCACAAACAAUACAAAAAGACCAAUUUCAGAUAAGGCCGCUAAAUUCACCUUUGAUGCUUUAGCUGAUUCGGAUUCAUUAUACUCUGAAUUUCAACCUGAAUAUGACUAUGAGGUCUAUAGAAAUGACGACUUCUUAUUCAAAGAUAACUUUCCUUUUGGUCCUGAUUCUCAAAAUUAA